AUGAAUAAUUCAACGAGUUCAGGAAUCUCAGAAACCCCAAGGAACGAAGUGCAGCUUGGAGAGUUGGCCAAAAUCUUCGGAAUAACCGAAAAAACCUCACAUUUUACCAAUUUCAAUGAUCUCGUGGAUGCGGAGUCCUUUGAAAAACAUGUUCGAGUUAAACGUGAUAAUCCAGACUUCAACGAAGUUAUAAAUCCAAUUCCCGAUGAACCUAUUGAGUUACAUCUCCAGAAAACUUCUAUGGAUGACGACAAUUCGAUAUCAAAGAAUCAUUUCGAAGAUGUUUACCCGGAAUCUGCUGGACUAAUCGACUACGACACACCACUCACUCGAGUUCUCAAAACAAAACGAGAAAUAAGGAAAGAGUCUCUUCCGACGGCUGACAAAAAUCUCGAGGGUACAAAGAGCAGGGAAGAACGCAAGAAAAGUUCCAACAAGAUUGGUGACUUCAGCGAUGUCCAUGAGAAUGAGUUAGUGAAGAGUAAAUUGAAUUUGAAAACGAUACAAACUAGAUCCAUCGAGGAAGCCAAAGAGCUCGCUAGCAAAUUAGUUGCCAAGGUUAAUGAAAUUGAAAAUUUAAUGGAUGGAUCUUCAUCAUCAUCUUCAGCCUCGUGGAAUGAAACGAAGGCUCACGUGAUGGGUCAAGUUGUGCGACCCGAGAGAUUUGCUAAUUAUUCAGCUAGAAAUUCAAAGUCCACUCGAUCGAGGAAAGCAAAAAGACGACACAGCAGAAGAGCCCACAGGCGAAACCAUAGGAAAAAACGAAAAUCCCACAGAAAAUGGGAUCGAUGGAGUGAUUGGAGCAGCUGCAGUGUAACUUGCGGCAAAGGUAGGCAAAUACGAUGGAGGCACUGUAUUCGUGAUUGUACAACAGCAGAGACCGAAAUGGAGGAAAAAAUAUGUCAAUUGCCUGCCUGUGCCCCUGGUAAAUUCCUUGGUAUCUUUUAACAAUCAAUUUUUAUAGUAUUAUGUACUUAUUAUAUAACUGUACUGUAGCUUCGGAGAACUCUUUUGAAUAAGAUUUUUAAUAAGAAUAAUGAUCAUCCUUUACUCAUUUGUUUGUUUUUCUUUUC